GGCUCCCGAUGCACUGCCUGAGCGGGCGCGCGGGUGGCUUCCGGUGUGGGUGACGAGUGGUGGCCGAAGUGGGGGAGAGCAAGGGACGCUCAGGCAGGGACCAUGGCGGACGGCGGGUCGGAGCGGGCUGACGGGCGCAUCGUCAAGAUGGAGGUGGACUACAGCGCCACGGUGGAUCAGCGCCUACCCGAGUGUGCAAAGCUAGCCAAGGAAGGAAGACUUCAAGAAGUCAUUGAAACCCUUCUCUCUUUGGAAAAGCAGACUCGUACUGCUUCCGAUAUGGUAUCUACAUCCCGUAUCUUAGUUGCAGUAGUGAAGAUGUGCUAUGAGGCUAAAGAAUGGGAUUUACUUAAUGAAAAUAUUAUGCUUUUAUCCAAAAGGCGGAGUCAGUUAAAACAAGCUGUUGCUAAAAUGGUUCAACAGUGCUGUACUUACGUUGAGGAAAUCACAGACCUUCCUAUCAAACUUCGAUUAAUUGAUACUCUACGAAUGGUUACCGAAGGCAAGAUUUAUGUUGAAAUUGAGCGUGCUCGACUGACUAAGACAUUAGCAACUAUAAAAGAACAAAAUGGCGACGUGAAAGAGGCAGCCUCUAUCUUACAGGAGCUACAGGUGGAAACCUACGGGUCAAUGGAAAAGAAAGAGCGAGUGGAAUUUAUUUUGGAGCAGAUGAGGCUCUGCCUAGCUGUGAAGGAUUACAUUCGAACACAAAUCAUCAGCAAGAAAAUUAACACCAAAUUUUUCCAGGAAGAAAAUACAGAGAAAUUAAAGUUGAAGUACUAUAAUUUAAUGAUUCAGCUGGAUCAACAUGAGGGAUCCUAUUUGUCUAUUUGUAAGCACUACAGAGCAAUAUAUGAUACUCCCUGUAUACAGGCAGAAAGUGAAAAAUGGCAGCAGGCUCUGAAGAGUGUGGUACUCUAUGUUAUUCUGGCUCCUUUUGACAAUGAACAGUCCGAUUUGGUUCACCGAAUAAGUGGUGACAAGAAGUUAGAAGAAAUUCCCAAAUACAAGGAUCUUUUAAAGCUUUUUACCACAAUGGAGUUGAUGCGUUGGUCCACACUUGUUGAGGACUAUGGAAUGGAAUUAAGAAAAGGUUCCCCUGAGAGUCCUGCAACUGAUGUUUUUGGUUCUACAGAGGAAGGUGAAAAAAGGUGGAAAGACUUGAAGAACAGAGUUGUUGAACAUAAUAUUAGAAUAAUGGCCAAGUAUUAUACUCGGAUAACAAUGAAAAGGAUGGCACAGCUUCUGGAUCUAUCUGUUGAUGAGUCUGAAGCCUUUCUCUCAAAUCUAGUAGUUAACAAGACCAUCUUUGCUAAAGUAGACAGAUUAGCAGGAAUUAUCAACUUCCAGAGACCCAAGGAUCCAAAUAAUUUAUUAAAUGACUGGUCUCAGAAACUGAACUCAUUAAUGUCUCUGGUUAACAAAACUACACAUCUCAUAGCCAAAGAGGAGAUGAUACAUAAUCUACAAUAAAGGUCUUAAUGCUUUUAGAAAACAGUUAAAAUUGGAAGUAAUUAAAAAAAAAAAAAAAAAGACUGUUAUAAUGGUGUAUAUGUUGGGUUUUUUUCUAAGCUGCUUUGUCUUAAAUUUUAAAAUAGUGAAUAUGUUUGAGACUCCCUUUGACCUUUCAGUUCCCUGAGUUCAUUGUUAACUUUGCAUUUGCAAUUGGUGCAAAAAUACACAUUUCUGUCGUCUGAAUACACAAAAAUUGUGUAAUAAUUUACCCAGAUAUGUUUUUCUAUUUGAAACCUUUUUAGCUACUGUUUGUUUUCAUUCAACUAACAAACAUAUUACAAUAAAAAGCAGUAUAUACACGUUUCCUUUCUACA